GGGCGUCCUGGCGGCGGUGGCGUCGCUGGAGUCUGGCGGGGACGCCGGCGGGUCGGGCGGUGAGGGGCGCCGGACCCUGCCUUGCUCGCUCUCGGCUCCGACAGGGGGAGCCCGGCGCCGCAGCAGAGGCCGCCCGGUGCCCGACCCCCUCGGGGCGUCGCUGCCUCGCUGGGGACCUCGGGGUCGGGGCGCGGAAGGGAACGCGCUGGGUUCUGAGUCUGGGGCUGUCCUGGGUGCGCAAGGGUGGAGGCGGGUUUCCCAGCCUGGGGCGCAGAGCGUCCCCGCGGUCCCCACCGCCCGUCUCCCAACCGGGACCCCUGUCCCGUGCGCCGCGGGACCCCCGUGCGGCCUCUGGGAGAGGGUGCGGGUCCGACGCGGCGUGCGGAGCCACCUGUUCCCGGGCCCCCACGUCCUGGAAUCCCGCGGGGCUGUGCGGGGUCUGCCCAGCCCAGCACGGCGGAAGGGAAUAAAAUAGAGGAGAAAAUGUGGCCCUUGAUGAAAUUGAACAAAAGACAAUAAAAUAAAAUCCAGUAUUUCUCCAAGGCUUUGAAAGUUUCCCAGUAUUGUUUUACGGAGUCUAAACUUAAGCAUCUAGUUGUUUGGUGUGUUGGUGGUGGUGUUUUCCUUAACCGCAGGGACUAACCUCAGAAAACUUAACUCUACCAGAACCUAGUGGGUGCAGAGCAGAAAACUUACAGUGAGGAAAGGAAAAUGAGUGUGUGUGACUUUUUCCACCCUAAACACAGUAAAACAUUCAGGUCUGUAGGGAGAAGUUUCUUUCUGGCUCCAGUUUUUUAACGGAGAACAUUUUUUUAAAAAUCUAUGUUUCUGAAAGGUAGCAAAAGGCCAAACCAGAUAGAUACACCUGGAAACUUGAGGGAAAUGCUCUUAGGAGAAAACCUCAUUAAAAAUACUUUUCUACAUUAUUAAAAAAAAGAAAAAGCGCUACAUAAAAGUGCCCCAGCAUGCACUGAAAAGUUUGCCCUGAAAGUUCCGUGUCUGAACGUUACUGAUUGUUUUUCUAGGUGGAGGAGGUAUUUUCCUUCGGGGAGCCAAUAUGGAACGCAAACAAAUGCCCUAUUGACUUGGGAUUGGGUGGGAAGGAUGGAAGUUGUCUAAAAUCUUUCUUGCCAAAGUUGACAGCGUAUGUAUGGAAUCUUGUGUGUUUCCUUGUCCAGACUAGUAAUAGCCAUUUGAAAGCGACUGGGUUAUAUUCCUUGGUAACAGCACUUCCCAUGAGCUUUCCUUGAGAAUUUUAGAUGCUGAUGAUUUAAAAGUAACACAUUUUCUCUGUUACUAGAAAUCAGAAAUGCAAAAUUAGAGUGAUAGUGGAGCAAAAGCUGGAAAGAUGCGCGAUGUUUUAGGAAAGUUUGAGCGUGUUUGCAUCUGUGGUUGCUGGGGUGGGGGAUUUGCCCAUGAAUCCAUUCAGGAAUAUGUGUAGACUGACCACCUACAGCGUGCAGAGCAGUGACUGCAGUAUACAAGCAUUUCUAGAUAACAGCCAUAUGAAACUGAUUAAAACCAGAUCAAGCUAGCCUUCAUGGCAGCUGAAGACAUACCUGGCCUUGGUUCCAAAGUUCUCAGACAUCCAAGGCGCCCAGAGUUGGCACGGUGUGUUGAUUCUGAAGAUCAUCUCAGAUAACUACAGGAGUGGAGCCUUGACACCUCAAGUGGGAGAGAGGAAGGGCUUGGGUGGAGCAGAGCUGAGACAGCGGAGCCUCUAGAACUAGCAGUUCAAGUGCAUCUUAUCUGCAGUGUUGUGGGACCGCUGCCAGUGGCACAGAGGCCAUUCAGGAGCUGCCAUGGGGAUCCUAGGAGCAUCCCAGAACCCGAGCUCUUUGCUUUGCCGGUGAAGGGCAGCGUUGCAUUUCACCUUCCUUUGCACUUAGUGGCUUCACAGCUGCCUGUGUGCUCUAAGAAGAUGGCCUUGCGACUCUGCGACUCUGCCCCGUAGACGGCAGCCAUCCCCGCUCCACGCUGAGGGGUUCUCCUGGCCACCGUCAGAAAGCCUCUCUUCACAGAGGCACUGCCCUCUGCACGGGUUGUGUCCAGCCAGUGGCAUCACAGCUAACAGUGUCUGUCUGUGGAACCCCAGUGAAGCUGCCCCUCUCCAUAAUUAUUUCCUUUCUAGACUGGCAGCCUUCAUCUUGAAACCUGAGAGUAUUUUAAGAAAGUUGGUUCUGGGAGCUGGGUGCGGUGGCUCACACCGGUAAUCCCAGCACUCUGGGAGGCUGGGGCUGGUGGAUCACCUGAGGUCAAGAGUUCAAGACGAGCCUGACCAACAUGGUGAAACCCCGUCUCUACUAAAAAUACAAAAAUUGGCCGGGCAUGGUGGCGUGCCUGUAAUCCCAGCUACUCAGGAGGCUGAGGCAGGAGAAUCGCUUGAACCUGGGAGGCGGAGGUUGCGGUGAGCCGAGAUAGCGCCAUUGCACUCCAGCCUGGGUAACAAGCGUGAGACUCGGUCUCAAAAAAAAAAAAAGAAAGUUGGUGCUGGGUUUAUAAUCUGUGCAUUCAGGAUUGGCGGAGAAGGAUUGUAGGGAAGAGCAUUUGCCUUGUCCGACAGGGAUGGGAUAGCUCUUCAUGAACGUGGAGACUCUACCACUGUGAAAAUGUGAUGCUGUUUAUCUUUUUUAUUAUAGUCAAAUACAUAGAACAUAAAAUUUAUCCCUUUAAAGUGCACAAGUCAGUGGCAUGAAGUACAUUCCAUUUCCAAAGUUAUGCAGCCGUCACCACUGUUGAGUUCCAGAACUCUUUUAUGUCUCCGAAAGGGAACCCAUUAAGCUGACAGUUCCCAUUCCCCUCUCCCAGCCCCUGACGACACUGGUCUCCUUCUGUCUCUGUAGGCUUGCCCCUUCUGGAUGGUUAUACACAUGGAAUCUUAAAAUCUGUGGCCUCUGUGUCUGGCUUCUGUGACUUAGCACAAUGUUUUCAAGGUCCGUCCACGUGGCGGCGUGUAUCAGUGCUUCACUCCUUUUAACGGCUGAAUAAUGUUCCAUGUGUGGACAGAUCGCCUUCUGUUUACCCAUUCAGAUGAAUGACGCUGGGUUGUUUCCCCUUUUGGCUAUUCUGAAUAGUACUGCUAUGAACCGUCGUAUACAAGUUUUUGUUUGAACACCUGUUGUCACUUCUUUUGGGUCUGUACCUGAAAGUGGAAUUCCAGGUCAUAGGGUAAUUCUGUGACUCACCUGUUGAGCUGCCAGCUGUUUUAUACAGCAGCUGCACCGUUUUGUGUUCCCACUAGCAACGUAUCAGGGUUCAGGUUUCUCCGUAUCCUUGUCAACCGCUUGGUAUUUUCCUUUUUUUUUGGAGACAGGGUGUCACUCUAUUGCCCAGGCUGGAGUACAGUGGUGUGACCUCAGCUCAUUGCAGCCUCGACCUUCCAGGCUCAAGCGAUCCUCCCACCUCAGCCUCCGGCGUAGCUAGGACCACAGGCGCAUGCCACCACGUCCAGCUGUUUUUGUGUUUUUUGUAGAGACUGGAUUUUGCCGUGUUACCCAGGCUGCUCUCAAACUCCUGGGCUCAAACCAUCUGCCCACAUCUGGUUUCCGAAGUGCUGGGAUUACAGGCGUGAGCCACCCGGCCUGACGUUCCUUAAAAAAAAAAAAAAAAAAAAGAUUCUGGUUCUUUUAGUCGGUAUGGUGUUGGUGCAUUUCCCGAUCAACUUACAAUGCUGGACGUCUCUUCAGAGGCUUGCUGGCCACAUCUUUAGAGAAAUGUCUGGGAAGAAUUUGAUUCUCUUUUGUGUUAGCUUUCAUACUGUGAAAUUUUGCAUGUAAGUAGUUAUUUGUAUAGGGCUUGGUUUGGAUAUUUAGGUCCUUCCCAAAGCUUCAGUCUGUUGUGGGUUUUUCCUGCUUUCUCUUUCAGGCUGCUGCUCCUCGGAAGCCAGUUGUCUGAUUUGUACUUUGACUGUUUUUUUGUUUGUUGUUUGUUUUGAGAGGGAGUCUCACUCUGUCGCCCAGGCUGGAGUGCAGUGGCACAAUCUCAGCUCACUGCAACCUCCACCUCCUGGGUUCAAGUGAUUCCCCUGCCUCAUCCUCCUAGGUAGCUGGGACUACAGGCGCAUGCUGCCACGCCUGGCUAAUUUUUUUUUUUCUUUUAAUAAUGUAGUAGAGACAGGGUUUCACUGUGUUGCCCAGGCUGGUCGUGAACUCCUGAGCUCAGGCAGUCCACCCGCCACAGCCUCCCAAAGUGCUGGGAUUCUGGCUUGACAUUUUUAAUCUUCUGCCUGUUGUAGUUCUUGACCCCAGGCCUGGGGUAUCCAUCAGUUCAUGGCAGUACAGUAUUCACAGACUGACCAUGUACAGCGUCCCAAGCCCUUGGGCUGGUCACUGGAAGUCCCCAUGUUUGUUGUUGUUGUUUUGUUUUGUGUUUGAGACACGGUCUCUCUCUGUCACCCAGACUGGAGUGCAGUGGCACAGUCACAGCUCACUGCAGCCUCAACCUCCCCGGCUCAGAUGAUCCUCCUACCUCAGCCUCCUGAGUAGCUGGGACUACAGGUGUGUGCCACCAUGCCUGGCUAGUUUUUGUAUUUUUGGUAGAGGUGAGUCUCGAUGUGUUCCACAGGUUGGUCUUGAACUCCUUGCUUCAAGCAGUCCCCCCACCUUACCCCCCAAAAGGCUGGGAUUACAGGCAUGAGCCACCUUCUCUUUCUGAUUACUUUGUGAUGUACACGGAUUGCGUUUUAUUUUUUCAAUUAGGCUAAUGGGCACAUGGGGAAAAGAAUGGUACUGCUCUGGAACUUAGGGGAUCUGUCAGGUUUCAGCACCCAAUAGCUGUGUGGCCUCAGGGUCCGCCCUUCUGGAACUGGGUUUCCUGGUCUGGAAAAAAUUUGGGCUAAGACCUUGAAACUGGAGAUUGACCAGAGCUUUCCUGUACAGAUCUGAUUCUGAGGGUAUUUCAAACCAUUUAGCCUGCACGUACUGCUUAAAGGAAUUCUCUGAGUGAAAAUAUAUAUAUAUAUGUAUUCUCUUUUGUACUAGUCUAUAAACAGGUCAGUUGUGUCCAUUGCUCCCUCCAAAAAUGGUACAUUUGGUAUUUUCUAUAAGUAUUCAGAGCAUUUCAGUUGGGCACAGUGGUUCACACCCGUAAUCCCAGCACUUUAGGAGCCCGAAGCAGGCAGAUCACCUGAGGUCAGGAGCUCAAGACCAGCCUGGCUAACAUGGUGAAACCUCAUCUCUACUAAAAAUACAAAAAAUUAGCUGGGUGUAGCGGUGGGCGCCUGUAAUCCCAGCUACUCAGGAGGCUGAGGCAGGAGAAUCACCUGAACCCGGGAGGCGGAGGUUGCAGUGAGCUGAGAUCACGCCACUGCACUCCAGCCUGGGCGAUAGAGCAAGACUCUGUCUCAAAUAUAAAUAAAUAAACAUCCGGAGAGUUUAAAGAGUUGUAGUGAAGAUUUGAGUUCCUAACACACUGGGAAUAGGGAGGCGACCAAGGCAGCGUGGGCCCUGCUCCCAUGAAGCUUUGCUGGGGUAAAGGAGACAUUCAGUGUCCACUGUGAACUGAUAACAGCGACCCUUUGGGAGCACAAGACAGAGAGUCUUUCUGUCAGGGAUGGCAGAACAUCAGCUGGAGAACGUAACAUUUGAGCUGGGCCGGCAAGGGCAGCAUAGGGGAAAAUUUAGGCCAACAGGGUAGAAUUGAGGAGUCAGUGAUUAGGCUGAAAGGGGUUAGCCUUCCAGGUAGAGGCAUGGACAAGCGAAGAUUUUUAAGUAGGAUGCAAUGGAAGGUCUUGUUUCCCAGCUCUCACAUGGAGUAGACAUUUAUACAUGGAGGGAUUAACUUGAAGUUGAACAGGAUGUUAGGGACUGAGGAAGGGGGCAUAGAAAUAUGAAGAUAGGGCCGGGCACGGUGGCUCACGUCUGUAAUCCCAGCACUUUGGGAGGCUGAGGCAGGCAGGCCACCUGAGGUGAGGGGUUCAAGACUAGCCUGGCCAACAUGGCCAAACCCUGUCUCUACUAAAAUACAAAAAUGAGCUGAGCACAGUGAUGUGUGCCUGUAAUCCCAGCUGCUCCAGAGGCUGAGCAGGAGAAUCACUUGAACCCAGAGGCGGAGGUUGUGGCGAGUGGAGAUCGCACCACUACACUCCAGCAUGAGUGACCGAGCACAACUCCAUCUCAAAACAAACAGAAAAGAAAUAUAAAGAUAUAAGAUGGCAUGAACAAGGGGAAGACACCUGGGAAUGCCAAUUGUCAAAUCAAAUUUUAGGUACCAAAAAAAAAAAAAAGGUUUUUUUAAAAGUAUUACGUAGCUGGGUGUGGUGAUUUCAUGCCUGUAAUCCCAGCACUUUGGGAGGCCGAGGUGGGAGGAUUGCUUGAACCCAGGUGUUUGAGACCAGCCUGGGCAACAUAGGGAGACUCCUGAUCUACAAAAAAUUUGAAAAUUAGCCAGGUGUGGUAGUGUGCACCUGUAAACCCAUCUACUCAGGAGGCUGAGGCAGGAGGAUGGCCUGAGCCCAGGUUGAGUCUGCAGUGAGGUGAGAUCGUGCCACCGCACUCCAGCCUGGGUGACAGAGUAAGACUCUGUCUCAAAAAGAAAAUACUCAAAGUAGAGAGCUAAACCAGCUCUGUCGGACUUGUCAAGCUGACUUAGAGGCAUUGUACCUUGGUUUCUUCAUAUUCCAAGACACAUUGCUCCCCGUCUACACCAGGUAACCAAUGAAUUUGCUGCGUGAGCUCUGCUAAUGCCAGCAGUGUGGCUUUAAGAAUGAGAUGGCACUGAAAUGUACAUGAGAAGUGAGCUGUUGCCGCAGAAUGGGCUGCUGGCUCCUGCCUUGCUUCCUGUGAUCGAGCUGGGCCCUGAGGACUCUGUGGGGAUGCCUGUAACCCACCAGAAAUCAGACUCAUCGGACAUGAACUCGGACACGUCCCCCAACUGCAGGCCCCGGGCCUUCAGCAGAGGCGGCAGCUUGGAGAGUCGAAGCAGCAGCUCUCGGUCCAGAAGCUUCACUUUGGAUGAUGAGAGCCUGAAGUACCUCACCCAUGAGGAAAAGGAUGUCCUUCUGUUUUUUGAGGAGACGAUCGACUCCCUGGACGAGGACUUUGAGGAGCCAGUGCUGUGUGAUGGGGGAGCAUGCUGCGUCUGCUCCCCGUCUCUGGAAGAGAGCACCUCCAGUCCCUCCGAGCCUGAAGAUGUCAUCGACUUAGUGCAGUUGGUACCUGGCGCCAGGGAAGCCGAGGGCCUUCCAGAGGGGACCCAGGCAGCAGGGCCUGCACCUUCCGGGAAGGAGCACAGGAAACAAGAUGCUGAGACUCCUGCACCUCCGGACCCCCCCGCUACCGAGACCAUCCCUCCGGCUCCCGAGACCGUUCCUGUGCCGCUGCCGGUGCCCGGCACCCCCGAGCCCCCCAGGAGGGAGCUGCGUGCCCCCUCCCCGCCGGCGGAACACCCCCGACUCCUGCGCUCCGUUCCCACGCCCCUGGUUAUCGCACAGAAGAUUUCUGAGAGGUUGGCGGAGAGUGAAGCCCUCUCGCCCACCUCCCCGUCCAGGGAGGGCAGGCCAGGGGAGUGGAGGACGCCAGCUGCCUGGGGGCGCCACAUUGGAGACCCCGACCCAAGGCCCAGCCGCCCGGCACAGCCCAGGGCCCCCCGCUUCCCCAGCAACAUCAUCGUCACCAACGGUGCGGCCCGGGAGCCCCGCAGGACCCUGUCCAAGGCGGCCGUCAGCGUGCAGGAGCGCAGGGCGCAGGUGCUGGCCACCAUCCACGGCCACGCCGGUGCCUUCCCUGCCGUGGGGGACGCGGGCGAGGGGGCCCUGGGGCGCGGCUCCUUUCCAGAGCGGGUGGCGCGUGGCCAGGACGGGACAGGCCCUGCUGAGGGUCUCCGUGCAGGGAGCCAGGCUUCCCGGGGCCCAGCGCUGGCCAACGGCUUCCUGAGCGCGCACGAGGCCCUGAAGAGUACGCCCAGUACCUUCGCGCCCACCGGGAAGUCCCUCUGCUUCCGCCCUGGCCCGGCCCUUCCCAGCACGCGGGGCCACCAGAGUAUCCCCCGGCCCCGGCAGCCCGAUGGCGGCCAGGACGCAUGGCGCCGCGCAGACUCCCUGCCCCGGCCCCAGGGCGUCACCGUGCAGUUCGCGGGCCGUGGCUCCUCGGAGGAGGCACGCAGGGAGGCCCUGCGGAAGCUGGGGCUGCUCAGGGAGACCUCGUGAGGGCGGCGGGGGCCUGGAUCCACCCUGUGUCUCCCCACCCCCAAGAGAGGGUGAAAGAGGAGCUGCAUCGCAUCGAGGAGCUGUUGGGCCUAAAACGGACAUGAGAGCCAGAGCCCCUGCCCUCUGCAGCGCAUCCAAGUGGAGAGGGGCCAGGCUGAGCCCGCACCACCAGCUCCAGCCACCCAAACAGAGGACUCUUCUCUAAAGGAAUCCGGCCGGCGUCUUGUCUCCCUUUUCCCAAGAACUGAGAGAAGAACCUGUUAAACCCAUGGGUUUCCGUGACGUGUAAAUGCCACCUUUUGGGGGGUCGGGGAGGAGCAGGACUGGUGUCAUUGUCCUUGAGUCCCGUCUGCCUUUUUCUCCAAGUACAUGACAGGAAAGCCAGUGUAGAUCCCUUACUCUCAGGAUCCCCCCGCCUUUUCUAAGAAAAUAAAAGAGAAACGCUUGCUCCA